CGAACGGACUAGCAUUUUACACACACGCAACACCUGUAAAGUUGUCAUUUUUCUCGGCGAACUCUUCACUAAUAUCUCACCUCCUCACAAACCGACAGCUCUCCACAGGUGGUCCUUGGCUCUUGGACAACUCUUCUGAUUAUUCUUUGCACCCCUCUGUCAGAAAUCUUGUGAGGAGGACCUGAUCAACGCAAAUUUAUAGUGACAAGAUGAACCAGGACGCCAUUUUGGUAAAGCUGAAGAAGGAUGUCCGCUCUUUACUCAUUUCCUCUAAAGUGGAUUUGGACCCUGACCUACUGAGACGGGACUACAAAACUAUGGUUGGCCAUCCUCUGCCUCUGAAACUCCUGGGCUUCCGAAACCUCAUGGAUAUGGUAAAGGAGAUGCCUGAUGUGGUGUCAGUUAAUGUCAGAGAGGACGGUAGCACAUUCUUGAAGGCUGUUAGCCAUGAAUCCACGCGAAACAUUGAGGAACUCGUAGCUAAACAGCGUAAAUCCAAUAUAGACAAGAAAAGAAAAAAUUGGCAGUUCUCUUCCUACCGCAACUGUCACCAGUCAAUCCCGUUGGUUCUUCCCAGAAGAGGUGACGCUCCUCUGGCCCUUCCUCCUCAGCUGAGGGCACAGCUGCGUAUCCUCCUCUCAGUGGGUCCCAUGAGGUUGUCAGAACUAGGGGCCAGUUUUCUGCGAUGCUUUGGCCGCACUCUACGUGUUCAUGAUUUUGGAUUCUACUCUAUUGGAGAGAUGCUGGAAGCUGCUGAAGACCUAGUUCACAUCCAGCAGGGCAUGUUUGGCUCCAUACUGACUCUGAGAGAGCAAAUGCUGCCCAGACCAUUUAACACACAACAGAACAUUGGAGCACCAAAGACCACAACCAAAGCGAGAGUGCCGACCCCAACAAAAUCCCCAGACACCACUGGGAGGUCUGUGCACAAGGAGUCAACACAUGUCAGUUGCAAUUUGCAAGUGCUUGACAAGAACCAAGAACCUGAACCACAGCUCUGCCAGAAAAGACAACUUUUUUGUCAGCGUUUCCUAAAGCUCCAAGAGGAGUUUCAAAAGCAGAUUGUUGAGAAUGGAAUUGCUGGGACCAUAAAUCACAAGCUGAAAGAGAAACUGCUAAAGGUCGUCAGUCAAAGUAGCUGUGGAAUAUCUGUCCACCUUCUCCCUGAAGAGUACAAGAGGCUUUGGGGUGAGGACAUGCCACUGAAAGAGAACGGCUUUGUCAGUGUGACUGAGCUAGUUGAUGCCAUGAGUGACAUCUUACAACUGCAACAUACAGAGAGGGACGACCGACACGACUGGAUCGUUAAGAAUAUUCAGGGCGGUGUUCCUUUACACUCAGGUGAUCCUGGUAUAAAGCAAUCACAGACAAGCUGUCACACUAGAGAGUCUCUUUGGGAAGUCAGAAUGGGCGAUGAUGGUCACAUCUUAUCAGCGGACGUGGUGGAAGUAUUGACAAACAACCAUUUAGUGAAGCAAGAAAGGAUGUCACAGCUGUGUCCCCCCAUUAAGAUGCAUUGCAGCGCCGUUGUGCCCCUGGAUGCCCUGCAGAAUCAACAUCUUGAACGGCCGACGCCCCAUUCUGCUUUAGAGUUGGUACAAGUCAGGGUGGAACAUGUGGAGUCUCCAGGACUCUUCUACACCUGCUUCAGCGGUAGCGAGGAGGCUCAAAUCUUUGAGGACAUGAAGGUAGAGAUGAGACUAUGUUACUCCUCCCCUGACGUGUCAGAGCGCUACCGCCUCCCCAAGCGAUUUAUCCGACAAGGGCAAGUCUGCUGCGCAUCGUCCAAGGACCUGUUGUUCACCCGGGGGGUGAUUCACAAGGUCAUUAGAUCCACUGCUGUUGAGGUGUACCAUGUGGACUUGGGCAUGGUGACCACUAUACACACUGCUGACCUGAUGUUCCUCAAGUCAUGCUUCUCCAUUCUUCCAGCACAAGCUGUCCCGUCAUCACUCGCUGGAAUUAAACCAACCUCUGGUGCCUGGACUUCCGAUGCCAUUGCUUCAUUUGUCAAUCUUUGCUAUAAUCAUCCCCUCGUAGGCGCUUUGUUUUGCUACACUGGAGAUGUGCUCCAGGUCUACCUUUGUGAUACCCACACUGACAAGGACAUCUACAUCCACUGUGUCCUCCUCAGCCAGGGCCAUGGGGAGGCCUGCAGCCCCUCAGCCAGUGCAGCAUUGUGUGUUCAGGUCAACCCUGUAAGUCUAUACCUGGGGGAGGGCACAUUUGAACUGCCAGAUGUUGAAGAGGAGACCACUCAGUCAGCAGAAACACUUGAACAGUCAGUGUUUGACACACUGAAGUUUGAAGCUGAGGAGUUGCCUGCCUUGGAGUUUAUUGAGGACGACGAGAUCAGCACCAAUAUCCAGAAUCCUUCACCGACACUUAAAGAACAGAAACUGGAGUUUGAUGGCACUGACUCAUGUACAGUUAUUCCAUUCCCUGUCCAGAGGACUCAUGAGAAAAUCCACAACAAAUUCUUUCAGGGAGCAAAUCUGAGGGAAGGAACACAUUUGAGCUGGUACUCUGGCAGCCUUCUGCCUCAACCAAAUGGGUUGAGAAUUAAAGAGAGGAAAGGUGGAAUGUAGGAAUGGAAGGUUGCGAACAGAUGAAGACGAGGAGAGAGGAGCUUGUUGCAAUGUGACAUUUAUUCUGACUUUUACAUUCCAAUGAUGUCCAAUACUGCAUUUCUUGUUCUGUUUGCAUUUUGCAGUGGUGCAGCUCUUAUGCUGGAUGUUCUUUAGUUAAGUGUUCUGUAUACAGUAGAUAUAAGAUGUCAAACAUUAUGUAAAGAAAAAAAGAAGAAGCUAAGGUAAAUGGGUACUGAUCUUUGACACAUCCAAUGUGAAAAGUCACUUCUGUAUUUCUACAUACAUUUAAGUGAACUUGAUUUUGGAGGAAAUGGCAAUAAUUUACUUGAGCGUGCAUGGCCUCAUACUAAUACUUUUGAAACGUUUUGGAUCAAUAUACCAGUGGAGGCAGUGUUCCCAGUGCAUUUUCAUGUAUGGAAAUCAAAAAUUUAAAGCUUUACUCACUUUUUUUUUAUAUCUUGAAUAUGUGAGGGUGCAAUAAAAUCUCAUGACUAUCUAAGUAUUUUGGAACAAAAUGUGCUGCCCACUGUCAGAAAGCGGAUGAGUCCUCCCAACAGGAUAAUGGCCCAAAACGCACAGCUAAAAGCACCCAAUAAUUGCUAGGAGCAAAACAUUGGACUAUUCUGAAAUGGCCUUCUAAGUGCUGACAAUGUUUUGUUAGACCACAAAAGUAAAGCAAUGCCAAUUAAUCUCAUUUUUUACAUUAGAAAACCUUGUUUGUUUUUGAUGCAUGUACUACAUAUUAACUAGUACCAAAGGUUAGGAGAUGACGUUAUUCCUCCUGUUGUAGAUGGUGGCCUCUUGGCAGUCUCACUUACCAAUCUUCUUCCUAUCUUUUUUUAUACAUUUGCAGAGGACUUCCAGUUCUUGGUGAUAUAACGGUUGUCCCCUUGCCUCUGUUCCCUUAUACCCCCUCAGCUUCGUCUGGAAGUUUUGCAGUACUUCGAAAGCAGGCUAGCAUCUCCAACAACUAGUUGCAGUUCAACUACAUAAGCAUGUCCCUACAUUUUACUGCUACUCUAUGCAGGAGUGGCGGCACGGUGGAGGACUGGUUAGAGCGUCUGCCUCACAGUUCUGAGGACCGGGGUUCAAUCCCCAUCCCCGCCUGUGUGGAGUUUGCAUGUUCUCCCCGUGCCUGCGUGGGUUUUCUCCGGGCACUCCGGUUUCUUCCCACAUCCCAAAAACAUGCAUGGUAGGUUAAUUGACUACUCUAAAUUGCCCGUAGGUGUGAAUGUGAGUGCGAAUGGUUGUUUGUUUGUACGUGCCCUGCGAUUGGCUGGCAACCAGUUCAGGGUGUACCCCGCCUCCUGCCCGAUGAUAGUUGGGAUAGGCUCCAGCACUCCCGCGACCCUAGUGAGGAGAAGCGGCUCAGAAAAUGGAUGGAUGGAUGGAUGGAGGCGGGGGGGGGGAGAGGUAAUGGUCGUCACAUUUAGUCCACUAUCAAUUGACCGAAGGUGGCAGAUUAUAAAACACAAAAAUUCACAUUUAUGUAUUUAACCUUUAACCGUGUAAAGCAAUUGAGAAAUGUUUCUCAUUUACAAAUUUCAAACAAACAUAUUGUCUGCUGAGCUGAAUGUUAUUUUAUAGUUUGGUAUUUUUACCAGCUUUAUAAGCUUCUAAAAUGUAGUUUACAAAGUGCUAAAUUUGUUUAGAGUGUUUGCAUACGUUUAUGUUCAGACUAAUAGUAGUGGGAGUAAAGCCCAAAAUCUUUAUAUUUAUUUGCAUACAGGAAAAUGCAUUAGGAACACUGCACAGUUUGCAAUUUGGUCAGUUUUGUAUUUUUUCACAAAUCGAUACUAUUGGUAAGUCCCCAUAGGGGUUUGUUAUUUUUGGUCUGUUAAUUUUGACAAUUUAUUGACCUAUCUAAGGCCUGCCGCACACUGCACGAUGCGGUUGAACCCGAUUGGACCGGACCAUCUCAUUAAAAAAAAGAGUUGCCGACGCAUCCCUGCACAUUGAGCAAUUAAAUAUAGACGCCCUGAACAGCGAGCCUGCAGAGGCAUUUGACACUUGUAUGUACAGUAUAUCAUACUUUAUCACAUUUAUUCAACUAUAAAAAGAUAGACUAAUAGUUAAGGAAGAAGUGGGUGGCUAAAGAUAGUGAACGUGGGCGAGAAUAAAAGCGAGAGUGUGGAUAUUUUAAGAGGCUCACAGACUCCUCAUUUUAACGUACUGAGCAUGAUAUGUACAGCUCGCCUACAUUUUGGUCACAGGCUUUGCUUUUCCAUCCACAGACACAUUAUACAUUAUGAAUAUAGUUAAGUAUUGAUGUAAAACAAUAUUUGAUGGUUUCUAUACUGUACUACAAUUAUUUGGUUUGUGGUGGCACGGAGACUGUUUGGUGUGUCGCUCUAGCUUAAAACCUGUAAAUGUAUUUUUCAUGUGAGAAAAGGCAUAUGUCCAUUUUGAUUGCCUGUAAUCUGCAACGCAGCGACGGUGAUUUAAAUUUUAGAUCGCGGCAAAACCAGUGGCCAACUGAUCGGUUACUAAUGAAAACAGUUGCCAAACCACGCCAACUAUGUGACAGUUCAGUCGGAUUCGGUCACGUCAAUCGGUGUGCGGGAGCAAGUGUUAAAAUUGAAAAUAUGAUAAGCAGUUAUAGGCUCCUGAAUAACAGGACUGUUACAUUUUCCUCAAAUGCCCUUGUUAAACUAAUGUAAAUGUCCCCUUAUAAAUUCAAGAUUAAACACGUUUGUCUUUA